AUGGAUCCAGCUAAGAUUGAGGCGGUGAGAAAUUGGCCUAAACCGAAAAAUGUGACUGAGAUUCGAAGUUUUCUAGGGUUGGCUGGUUAUUAUAGAAGAUUUGUGAAAGAUUUCUUGAAGAUUACCCGUCCAAUGACCAAUCUGAUGAAGAAAGACAAGAAAUUUGAGUGGACAAAGGAGUGUGAGGGAGCCUUCCAAACAUUGAAGGAGAGGUUGACUACUGCACCGAUUUCAACCCUUCCAGAUAGCACGUCUGAAUAUCUUGUGUAUAGUGACGCCUCGAAAAUAGAACUAGCAGACAUUGUCUUUGCUCUGAAGAUUUGGAGACAUUACUUGUAUGGAAUGAAGUGCAAAAUUUAUAUUGAUCAUCAAAGCUUGCGAUACUUGUAUACACAAUAA